AUGGCAUUUCUCCACCGGAAGAUUCUAGAAAGGACAGCCGUCAAACAACAGCGGGGGGCGGGGCGCGGGGGGGGGGGGCCAUCCCCCCAGGGGCCACCCCCCACCCCCCAUUCUACCAAGGGAGGUUUGCCCAAGCAUGGGGUGCAUGGAGACCCGGACCUGCAUGACAUGCAUGACAUGCAAAAUGCGAGACGCCGGACACGGCCUGUUGCAAAGGUGCACCUUUAUGGCAGACGCGAUGGCGGGCAAUGCCUGGGGUAA